AAACUUAAACAAUAAUAUAACCUCAAAUCUAUAUGCAAUUAUUGAAUAUUUUAAUAUUUGUUUUAAAUUUUAAUUUACGUUGUUAAGAAAUGUCAGUAGAUGCAUAUUUUUGCUUUUGCUGUUUAUCCACAGAGGAGCUUAGCAGUUUAUUUGUGUUCGAAAAUAAUGUGAAUUACCUGGAAGUUUUAAAGGAGAUCUUUUUGAUUAGUCUGUCCACAGAUUAUUAUGAAGAUGAUACUUAUAUAUGUGGCAUAUGUGCCAACACAUUGAAAGAUGCAGUUAACUUCAAGAACCAAGUCCAUGAAACAUUGAAUGUGUUAUCUAAUACUGGAUUGAUAGAAAUAAAAAAUGACAAUGGUAGUAUUUUAAUAAACAAAAUCAAUGAAGAUUUCUCCAGUUUUGAUAAUAAAUCAAGUUUCGAUGAUGUCGAUGAGUUGCAUGGCAGUUGCAUUGAUGGAGAAGUGAAAGACUUUGAACCAGAGACAAUAAAAAAAGAAAAUGCAGAUUCAAAUAACGAACGGAAUUCGAAUAUUCGAACCCAACUAGAAAGAGACAAAGAUACAAUUUAUAUUGAUAAAAGAAAGGGACAGGAUGUGAAACAGGAAGUUUAUUAUGAAGUGGCGGCGGAUUUGAAAUGUGGUAUUUGCUCUAUGGUGUUACCGAACGUGUAUGUCUACCAUUCACAUAUGAAUCAACAUUUUCCUAAUCAUAUAUGCGAGUCCUGCGGAAAAGGUUUCUUAACAGAAAAAAGACUGAAGCGACACAUGCCGUCCCAUAAGAAGGGACCUUUCAAAUGUGAUGAUUGUGAUACAGAAUUUACGAAUAUCAACUCACUGGGAUCACAUAGGCAGCGUAAGCACGGCUCAGUGCAGCUGUACCGCUGCCCGCAGUGUCCGGAGCGGUUCGCAACACUUUCCCGGCGAGCCUCCCACCGAGCAGCCGCGCACGCAGCCCCACCACCGCGCAGGCAGUGCCGCGCCUGCGGUCGCAGGUUCCUACUCGCCGGUAACCUCAAUGCACACAUCCGUAACAAACACAUGAAAGUAAAGCGCUACUUCUGUACUGAGUGUGAGGCGGGCUUCUUUUACAAACAAGAGCUCACCGCACACAUGGCGUCGCAUACUGGCGUCAUGCUGUACCAGUGUACGUUGUGCCCUAAAAGAUAUCCUCGUAAAAAGGCUUUGAAGGUCCACUUGCGUAUACACACCGGCGAGCGACUCUUCUCCUGUGAUACCUGCGGCAAGAGUUUCACGCAAAAGUGCACCUUAUUGUCGCACGUAAAAACUCAUAAUAGAAAGGAGAGUAAACAGAAAAAAGUUGCACCUAAUAUGUGAUAUGGUAGUAUUCCUGUAUAUAGAGUUCAAGUAGUAAA